CAGAGGGGGCGCGGAGAGAGUGGGGGGGCGCGGAGCGCGGUGGCCGUGUCGAACCGAGUCGCGCCGAGAUGGACGGCGCCGAGGUAGCGAGCUUGUUGGGGGAGCGUGGCCAGGGGCAACUGGCCCAGUUCAAGACCUACCGGCGGCGGUGGUUCCUGCUGGCUGUCGUGUGCCUGCUGAACUGCUCCAACGCCAUGCAAUGGCUGACAUUUGCUCCAGUGGCUGAUAAGACAGCUGCCUACUUCCACAUUUCCCUGGAGAUGGUCAACUGGCUCUCAAUUGUGUACCUCCUCGUCUCGAUCCCAUUUGGUCUGGUGGCAACAUGGGUUCUCGACAGCGUGGGGCUCAGAUGUUCUGUGAUCCUGAGCGCAUGGCUGAACAUGACAGGCAGCAUCAUCCGGAUAUUCAGCGUCCUGAACUUCCUGAGCUUGGGUUCCCAGAAUUACUGGUACCUAUUUAUUGGGCAAUGCUUCUGUGCACUGGCACAGCCCCUUGUCAUCUUUUCACCAACAAAACUGGCAGCACUAUGGUUCCCAGACCACCAGAGAGCAACAGCAAAUAUGAUCGCAUCAAUGUCCAAUCCCUUGGGUAUUCUUAUAGCAAACGUGCUGUCACCUGCACUAGUUCCUGAAGGAAAACACAUCCCAUUGAUGCUGGGUGUUUAUGCCAUCCCAUCCGUAACAGCCUGUGCUCUAGCAACUGUGGGGAUUCAUGAGAAGGUUCCUCCAACGCCUCCUUCAGUCAGUGCCACUAACUCGACUUCCCAGCCAUUCCUUACAGGGCUCAAAAUGCUCCUGAGAAACAAGCCAUACCUCAUCCUGGCAUUGUGUUUUGGAGGAGGAAUUGGGAUGUUCACCUGCUUUUCAGCUCUGCUAGAACAGAUCCUUUGUGAAAAGGAAUAUUCAAAUGAAUUUGCUGGCCUGAACGGUGCACUGUUUACAGUGUGUGGUUUGUUGGGUGCUUUCCUGUUAGGCCUGUAUGUCGACCGGACAAGGAAGUUCAUAGAGUCCACCAAGAUUUGUUUCUGUCUGAGUGCACUUGCCAGCAUCAUGUUUGCAGUGACUUCACGAUUCAGACACCAGGCUGUCACGCUGGCUGUCACCAGCUCGCUCUUUGGUUUCUUCGGUUUUGCCAUCUACCCCAUUGCCAUGGAGCUGGCUGUGGAGUGCUCCUACCCUGUGGGAGAGGGCACAUCUACAGGUCUGAUUUUUGUUGCAAGCCAGAUUGAAGGCGUGAUUUUAAUGAUUCUGCUACAAGCCCUCACUGUGCAUGUUUCUGAGGAUACAUCCUCCACCUGUGCCCUUGACCAGGAUGGAGCCCUGGACUGGACAAAUCCUGUACUGGUCCUGGCAGGCCUCUGCAGCGCUGUGGCUUGUUUCUACGUCAUCUUCUUCCACACUGACUACAAGCGGCUCCAUGCUGAGACAAAUAGUGGCGAUUUGGUCAACGCAGAAGAUGCUGCAAUAGCAGAUGUUCCUGAAGCCUAACCAGGGGAUGCCAGGGACCCAGUAAGGGAAGGACUUAGGCCUGUGGACAGGGACUAUGACUGCAAAUGCUCAGCUGGCACACUGGGAUAUCCAGUGUUGCACAACAUAUCCUGUUGUAGAACAAAACAGGGCUAGAGCAGAGUCACUGCAGCACUUUUGCUGUGCUUACCUCAAUCUUGUAUUUAUUUGUGAGUCUUGGCUGUAAGAAAGGCUGUGCUGCCAGGAAGGUCAAAAUGGGACUGGAGAACUCUGCAGGUAACAGGGAUUUUUAGGUGACUUGAUUCAAGCUAAAGAAAUGUUGCAGAGGAGAGGAGCAUCGUAUUUCAACCAUUUUUUUCAUUCAUGUUCUUGGAUCAGGGGUGAAGCUUUCAGAGAGGUAGAAGCUGUGCCUGUCACAAAUCUAGUGGAAAACUUCUGUUUAAGAGCUGUGCUUCCUGUAUGGCGUAACAACUCUUCCACUCUAAGGCUGGAGCUAAUUGUGCCUCUUAGGUAAAGCACAGUAGGAGCUGGUGCAUCCUCCCAUUACAGCAGGGAAGUGCAGGUAUGUGAUCUGUAAUGCAAAUCUGUCACAAUGAGCCACUUUGUUCUCUCCUACAAACAGGAAAAGCCCUACCUGCAGUGCUGCCUGUGAAAGAAAAUAUUAAGAAGCAGAAGUUAAAUACAGCAGUAUUCCUCACCCUUCUGGUCCCCUGUCAGCUGCUGAGACAUGCAGGAUAAGCUUGUUUUACUUGGGCUUCUGUUGUUUCUCCACUUCUCCUGCAAUUCCAGUGGUUUAAGUUUUCCACAAGAAAACGAACCUGCUGCUGUAAGAUUAGGGUAGUGUAGCCUGCACAGGCCAGAGAAUUGGCAAAGGGGACCACUUAGAGCAGGGGUGUCAAACUAAUUUUCAUGGGAGUCACGUCAGCCUCACGGUUGCCUUCAAAGGGCUGAAUGUAAUUUUAGGACUUGCAACUGUGACGCUGAAGUGGCCCCCCAUGAAAAUUAGUUUGACACCCCUGACUUAGAGAACACAGGGACCUGUUAUAAGUUUCUGUAGAUGACAUGGGAUUUUUGGGGAAGACCAAGUAAGAAACAACAUCAACGAACAUCUUGCAAUUAUCUCUGCAACUCACAGCUAUUAUUGAAUGUUAGAAGACAUGGUUAGUGACACAGAAUAUCCCAGUUGGAGUUCAGUUACCCUAGCAAUUGCAAUGGAUGGAUUUUUCAUUUUACAGUACAUCCACAGCAGUCCAGUGUCCUGCUUUGGGGUUCAGGUCUAGAUGUGCAACCUGAGAACAUUUUGCCCCCUAACAUUUCAGUGACAAAAAAGUGAGAUAGAUGGGACUUGGUGAUAUUUCUUACCAUGCAUCAUGCAAGGAACGUGAGUACUUGCUGAUUAAGGGAAUUUGAUGCAAAUUGGACCUGUGACUGGCUUUGUCCAGUCCAGCUAGAGGAUGAUCCCAAAGCCAAGUAUGCAUCUUCCCCGAGGAACACUGUACAGAGGAGCUCUCUCAAUACCUGAAUUCUCUUCCACAUUAGCACAUGGAAAUCUCUCCCUUUGUAAAAUGCCUAGCUACAUCCUUCUAGGGAGCCUGCUAGUUCCUAUAGCUCCUGCUUUGCUCUCACCAGUAAGCACUGGUGUUUGUCAAAAGGAGCAGGAAGGAAGUCUGAAACUGAGGUGAGACAAUAUCAGUUUUGACCUGUCAGAGAAAUGAGAUUAGCUGUCCUUUGCAAAACUAGCUGGUCAGUUCUGCAGCCCUGGACCUAAUAAACCAAAUAGAUUAACAACAAAUUUACCUGUCACUUCUGAGUCCUACUGUACUGGGAAGCAAGAAGCACUUGAUACUUCAUAAUUUUAUAUAUUUACAAAUGUUUACACUUUCUAAUAAAGAGUUGUUUAAGGAAA